CGCCGCAGCCGCCGCGCCUCCUUCCGCGCACACAAAGCCGCCCCGGCUGCUGCGCGCCUUUGUGCGCCGCGGCCCCUGGUCCCCGCCGAGGCCAGUCGGUGAGUAUCCCGCCAGUGUCCUCCAUGGUAAACCGAGCUUCGGUCUGUGCCCGGACGGAAGGUUCUCCCAGCCCGAGGGGCACAAGUGGUGUCUUAGGAAUGCCCUUUCCUGGAUGUGGACAGAGGCCCUUGACAGGGCAGUCUACUAGGUCCUGAAGAUGGCGUAGUAACAAAGGUUACCCAAUGAUUCUGAGCAUCUUUACCUGUGGAUGCCGGCCCCAGCCAGUGGCUACGUGUUGAGCUGGAGGACCUGGUCUGCUGCUUUCCUGAGAACCCCUUUCUCUCCUAAUUCAUGAGCCAGCAGGAUGUGGUCGCUGCGCUUUCAGAACGCCUUCUCAUAGCUGCUUACAAAGGCCAAGCAGAGAAUGUGGUUCAGCUCAUCAACAAGGGUGCCAAGGUAGCAGUUACCAAGCAUGGCCGGACCCCCUUGCACCUUGCUGCCAAUAAGGGUCAUCUGUCUGUGGUCCAGAUCUUGCUGAAGGCUGGCUGUGACCUGGAUGUGCAGGAUGAUGGGGACCAGACAGCCUUGCACCGGGCCGCAGUGGUGGGGAAUACUGAAAUCAUCACAGCACUCAUCCGGGAGGGAUGUGCUCUGGAUAGACAGGACAAGGAUGGGAAUACAGCCCUGCAUGAAGCCUCCUGGCAUGGGUUCAGCCAGUCAGCCAAGCUACUCGUUAAAGCAGGAGCCAACGUGCUUGCUAGGAACAAG